CAGGAGACGAGGAAGAUGUUGGGGUUAGAGGUCAUCGCGCUCUGUCUUCUUUUUGGAGCCCUGGCGCACGGCCAGCAGUCAGAGUGCAGCAAGAAGAAUGAAUGUCCCAUCGAAGUGUACUUCGCCAUAGACACAUCUGAGACCAUCGCCCUGCAGGAGCCGCCCCCUGGCGCGCUGGUCGAAAAAAUCAAGCAAUUCACUGAGGAGUUUGCACUGCGUCUGAAAGAUGCUGAACUCAAAGGUGUUGUGCAAGUCAACUGGAACAUGGGUGGACUGCACUUCUCCCAGAAACAGGAAGUGUUCAGUAGAAUGGCAUCCAUUAAAGAUUUCAUCACUGGCGUCAGAGGAAUCAAAUACCUGGGUAAGGGCACCCACACCGACUGCGCCAUCACCAACAUGACGCAGGAAAUACUGCGCACGGCGGCCUCUUCCCCAAAAGCCCUCCGAUUUGCUGUGAUCAUCACCGACGGCCACGUGACUGGAAGCCCGUGUGGGGGCAUCAAAGUGGCGUCAGAGAGGGCUCGCGACGUGGGCAUCCGCAUGUUCGUCGUGGCGGCAUCGAAGAACGUGGAUGAGACGGGGCUGAAGGAGAUCGCCAAUUCUCCCGCUGACGUCUACAGGAGGGACUUCGAGGUUGUGGAUAUUAUCGAUGGCAGAGUUGCCAUACAAACAACCUCCAUUGACCGGAUCAUCCAAACCAUGGAACAUCUGGCGUUUGUCGAUUGUUACAAAGUGUCCUGUCUAGAGACCCCAGGGCCUGAUGGUCCACAAGGCCACAGAGGACAGAAAGGAGCUAAAGGGGACAACGGAGACCCAGGUCCUAAAGGAUUGGGCGGUCGCCAAGGAGACCCUGGUAUCGAGGGUCCCAUCGGUCAGCCCGGUACCAAGGGAGAUCACGGUCAUAUAGGCGAGAAGGGAGAGAUCGGAACUCAGGGGAAAAAGGGCGUUGGUGGCAUCGCAGGGCGCAACGGGACAGAUGGACAGAAGGGUAAAAUCGGACGAAUUGGCUCUCCUGGCUGCAAAGGAGACCCAGGCAACAUAGGUCCUGAUGGUCACCCAGGAGACGUUGGUGAGCGUGGUUUAGGUGGAACUGACGGAGAAAAGGGGGAUGGCGGUCGCCCUGGAAGAGCUGGUCCUUCUGGCCCCUCCGGAGAUGGUGGACCUAAGGGAGAGAGAGGAAGUGCUGGAGCGCCUGGCUUCCCUGGACUGAAAGGAAAUCCAGGAACCCCUGGACUUGCUGGACCGAGAGGAGAGGACGGGAGAAGAGGAGACUAUGGGCCAAAGGGGACUCAGGGGACAGAUGGAGGAAAGGGAGACAAGGGUGAAAUGGGGCCGGAGGGUUUGAGAGGGCUUGCAGGUGAAUCAGGAAACAAAGGAACAACGGGAGACAACGGACUUCCAGGCCCCAGGGGACCACCAGGGUCAUCAGGCGAAGCCGGGAGAAAUGGUACCAGAGGUGACCCUGGUGAUGCUGGACCAAGGGGAGAAUCUGGACUGCUUGGGCCAAAGGGAGAUCUAGGAAGACCCGGCUUCAGCUACCCCGGGCCGAGAGGAUCAUCGGGUGAGAGAGGAGAGAAGGGCAACAAUGGACCUCGUGGCGGCAGAGGAGACUGCGGGCAAAAGGGUGAUCCAGGAAAUAAAGGAACUUUUGGAGGAGCAGGUGAUCCAGGAUCUCAAGGCGAACCCGGCCUAAGAGGGACAAGAGGAGAGCUUGGGCGUGAUGGAAACCCUGGUCCUGAGGGAGACCCCGGCCUCACUGAAUGUGAUGUUAUGAACUACAUCAGGGAAACGUGUGGAUGCUGUGACUGUGAGAAAAUCUGCGGACCCCUGGACAUCGUGUUUGUGAUUGACAGCUCAGAGUCAGUGGGUCUGACCAACUUCACCCUGGAGAAGAACUUUGUUAUCAACACCAUCAACAGACUGGGGUCCAUGGCCAAAGACCCUAAAUCAGAAACAGGCACACGCGUGGGCGUUGUUCAGUACAGUCACAGUGGAACAUUCCAGGCCAUCAAGCUCGACGACCCCAAGAUCAAUUCACUGUCUGCUUUCAAGGACGCAGUGAAGCGUUUGGAGUGGAUCGCUGGAGGAACAUGGACUCCAUCCGCCCUGAAGUACGCCUACGACAACCUGAUCAGGGACAGCCGCAGAGCCAAAGCCAACGUCACCGUGGUUGUCAUCACAGACGGACGCUUCGACCCCAGAGAUGACGACUCGCUGCUCACCUACCUCUGCAGCGAUCCCAGCGUUGAUGUGAGUGCCAUCGGUAUCGGAGACAUGUUUGACCAGAUAGAGGAGAAUGAGAGUCUGAAGAGCAUCGCCUGCCAGAAGGACGGCAGGGUGAUGGGCAUGAGGCGCUUUGCAGACCUGGUGGCCGAGGAGUUCAUCGACAAGAUAGAACAUGUGAUCUGCCCAGAUCCCAUCACCAAAUGCCCAGACCUCCCUUGUAAAUCAGAGCCAGCAGUGGCUAGCUGCGUUCAGAGACCAGUGGAUGUGGUGUUCAUGCUGGAUGGCUCUGAGAGGAUGGGAUUGGAGGACCACCGCAGGGCCAAAGAGUUCAUCGAGAAAGUGGCUAGCAAACUCACCCUGGCUAGCAGCCAGACAGACAACAGGAACGCCCGCUUUGCUCUGCUGCAGUACGGCAGCCCCAAAGAACAGCGGGUGGAGUUCGCGCUAACGCACAAUCUCACAGUGAUCUAUAAUGCGCUGUCCACGGUGAACUACAUGGACUCCUCUUCUGCUCUGGGCAGUGCUAUCAUCCAUGCUGUCAACAACCUGGUGAUUCCACAGCAGGGAGACCGCUUGGUCCGUCGUAACGCUGAGCUGGCGUUUGUGUUCAUCACCGAUGGCAUCACAGCCAGCGAGCAGCUGGACGAGGGCGUGUCUGCCAUGAGGCGAGCGGAAGGCGUUCCCACGGUUAUUGCCAUGGGAUCAGACACAGACGAAGAGGUGCUGCGGAAGGUGUCGCUAGGGGACAUGUCGGCCAUCUUCAGGGGAGCUGACUACAGCGUGCUGAACAACCCCUCGUUCUUUGAGCGCUUUAUCCGAUGGAUAUGCUAGUGAGCAACUGUAACACUCUGCACCAUAGAGUUAGAACCCAGAGAGUGAAGGAAGCUCCUUCAGCUACACGUAAACACACACAGAGUUCAACAAACCUCAUUCUCAAUACUGGAUGUAAGGCACUGUUGUGGGACCAGAUUAAUUUUGAUAAAAAACAAAACUAUCCUUGUAGGAUCAGCUGAUCACACUCACACAAACACAUAGGCUUGCAAUAUCAUUUGUAACUCGAUUGUCAUUCUAAAUCUAUUGCCAGCACUUCCAAAGACACUCACAAGUAUCCGGAGGAGAGGUGUAUGAUUAUUGAAUGUGUAUGAAACAAAUUGUACACUUUAUUUUGUUUUUAUUUUGUAUUGAAGUCUCUCUCUCCCUCUUUCUCUCUCACCCCUUCUCCCUCUCUCUCUCUAUCUCUCUCUCUCUCUCACUCUCUCUCCCUCAGUCUUCACAAAGUCAGUAUUUACAUUAAUGGUGCUAAAAUAGAAAUAAAGGACAAAGCCAUCUGAUUGGUUCUGAAAGCUUUUUUUUACAUCGUGGUAAUGAUGUAAUUACUGUAGUAUGUUCAUGAAAUGAAUGCAUUGAGACAUAUCUUCUACAUGGGGAAACAGAUAUCACAUAAAUACCCCACACUCAGCCACAUGAGAAUCCCUCACCGGGUACACGCUGUAGUUAAUGACACACAUAUUGAGGGACAAAUGGAAAAUAACCAAAUCUGUAAACAUUCAUUCCAAAUAAAGCCUAAUGUGGUGACCCCAA